CUCUGGCUCCUCCCUCUUCUGCUGUUAUAAAGCACAUGACCUUCUGCUGCUGUUGUGUUUGUCCCGAACUCAAUCUGUCAUCAUGUUUACGGCUCUCCUGAAGUUAGACCUGGCCUCUGUGGGCUUGACUCUGUUUCUAGGCUUAAUUAUUCUGGUUCUGUUUGAGAUCUUCAGGAUUCAUUCCUACAAACGUCGAACUCCACCUGGUCCAACACCUCUGCCUUUUGUGGGAACCAUACCUCAUUUCUUGAAGAAUCCAUUGGGCUUCAUAAGAUCGAUGUCUCAAUAUGGAGACAUGUCCACUAUGUAUCUCGGGAGAAAGCCAGCAAUUUUCCUUAAUACAAUCCAGCUUGCUAAGGAAACCCUGGUUCAGGAUACUUUUUCUGGGAAGCCAUAUCUGCCUGUUAUAGAGUGGAUAUCUAAAGGAUUCGGUAUAGCAAUGGUCACAUUUAACCACUCCUGGAGGCAGCAGAGACGGUUCGCUCUGCACACACUCAAGAAUUUUGGCCUGGGGAAGAAAUCAGUUGAAGACCGUGUGUUAGAGGAAAGCCGAUAUCUGAUUGCUGAAAUGCUCAAAGAUGAAGGCAAGCCAGUGGACCCCCAUCAUCCCAUACAGAACGCAGUUUCCAACAUCAUCUGCUCCAUCGUGUUUGGAGAUCGCUUUGAAUAUAAUAACAAACGCUUUGAAUACCUUCUGAAAAUGCUGAAUGAAACCAUCAUGCUGGCAGGGUCAGCUUCAGGACGGAUUUUCAACUUGGUGCCCUUCAUUAAGCAUUUUCCUGGUCCACACCAGAAGAUUAAGAAGAAUACAGAUGAUUUAUUAAUUUUCCUCGGAGAUGAAGUUGAGGAACACAGAAAAACUCUGGAUCCAGGGAGUCCACGAGACUUCAUUGAUGCCUAUCUGCUGGAGAUUGAGAAACAAAAGUUCAACAAAGACUCCACGUUUCAUGAAGGCAACUUGCUUGCGUCAGCAGGUGACCUGUUCAUGGCUGGAACUGACACCACAGAAACCACCAUCAGAUGGGGACUCCUCUUCUUAAUUCAAAACCCAGAUGUACAAGAGAGAUGUCAUGAGGAGAUUGUUCAGGUUCUGGGUUACGACCGCUUGCCCAGCAUGGAUGACCGUGACAGACUACCUUACACACUCGCCACUGUUCACGAGAUUCAGCGAUAUGGAAACAUUAUACCUAUUUUGAUUCACGAAACAAUUCUGCCUACAAAACUACAAGGAUACAGCAUUCCUCAGGGAACUACAAUUGUGACCAACAUUCAAGCAAUUUUCAGCAGUAAGGAUCACUGGAAGCAUCCAGAUUCAUUUAACCCUGAGAAUUUCUUAGAGGACAGACACUUCAUCAAGCCGGAGUCCUUCAUUAUGUUUUCUCUGGGACCAAGGUCCUGUCUGGGUGAGAUACUGGCAAGGACGGAGCUCUUCCUGUUCAUCACGUCUCUCCUACAGAGGAUUCAUUUCUCCUGGCCGCCUGACGCAAAGCCCAUAGACAUGGAUGGCAUCUUUGGUCUUGUUCACUCCCCUCAGGCCUUUAAUGUUAUCUGUCGCAGCCGAGACACCAAAUAGUGACUGAAACAUGUCAGACAUUAUAACAUGCUGAAGAACAUCUCCUUUAUUCGGCCCUCUGAAUGGUCAUCAUGGCUUUAUGUUUAGAGUUAUAUCACCACCUUCUGGUCUGGCGUGCUCUUGACAGUGCA